CAACUGCGUAUGCGCAAGCUUGAUCUCUUUCGGUGAAUGACUGAUGACUUGUCAGAGUCUAAGGCUGUUGCGCACUGUUGCGUUCAUUGUUGCAGCUGCAUUAUAUGCCAAGUUCGCAUUGUUAUCUCCGAAAGUUAAACUUUAAUAAUAAUACCACGGCAACGCCAAUGGUUCGCAGAGCAAUUGGCGCCAUCUUGUGGCUGGAACGGGUGUGGUUGCAUAUCCUGAGUGACCUACCUAAGGGGGUGGACCGUUCCUCGGGCUAUUUCAGCGAGUGUGUCGUGAUCCUGGGAGUUGCACCACAACCGUUGACGUGCCCUGCUUGGGAUUAUUAACGUUAGCGAUGUUGACCUCAAGGAUUGAGAUAUAUGUAGCAUGCCUUCGAUCUCUGCUGAUCUUGUACCUGUGUGUACCUGACAUUCUUUGCCAAGGGCCAAGCUUGGUCUGUCCCAAUAUCUUCACCCCGCCAGAUGCCAAUGAGAACUAUGCUACUGUGUACUGGCCAAUCCCGCGUUCGAUGGAUGUGGAUGGUGACCCCGCAGCCGUUACCUGCAACCUACCUCGGGGAGGCAAAUUCGAGGGGCAGAUCAGCAUUGUGCAGUGCACGGCCGUGGAUACGUCCAAUCGUGAAAGGACUACCACGUGCCAGUUGUUAAUUGCCGUGACUCCAAGAUUCAACAGAGGCUGCCCACCGGACAUUUCUCAGGAGAAUUCUAUGGUUACUUUUGCCAAGCCCAUCGGUGAGCAGAAUUUCGCUGGGGGUGAUCUCUCCCCAGUUGAAUGCAGCCAUGAAAGCGGUGAUGUGUUUGAGCCGGGGUUGACUUUGGUCAACUGCACUGCAAUAGACACAUCGAUUAAUCUGGAGGCCACCUGCUCUUUCAAAGUCUCCAUUGGGACUUUGCCCAAAUUUGCCAAUCUUGGUUCUUGUGGUGAUGCUGCCAUUGUCAACACGGCACCUGAUGAUGGUCAGAACACGGCCACUGCCAUCACCGGCCGGUGGACGCGGCCAACCAAGGACGGUGGGGGCGACGUCGUCUGUGACCCUGAUCCAGACACCCAUACCUUUGUCGCGGGGGUUACCACGGUGACGUGCAUGGUAGCCGACUCCAAUGUACCCUCUCUUAUCGACACCUGUUCCUUUAAAGUUCGUGUCUUUCCUACAUUCCCAAAUGGGUGUCCGGAAACAAUCAUAUCAGCCAACGGCAUGGAUGUUGACUUUACCCCACCUAAUGCGAUAGACUCAGUUAGUUCCACAAUACCCGGUACUUGUGACAAGGCCAGCAACGACACAUUUGAAAGUGGCGAAACAACUGUACGGUGCUCUGCGAUGGACAGUGUUGAGACUACGCAGACCGUUACGUGCAGCUUUGUAGUGGCUGUUGGCACCCCGCCUGAUUUUGAUUCCCGUGGCUCUUGCGACUCUAGUCCAGUCAACGUCCCUCCAGACGAGGGCAAGAUGACGGCAACAGGGAUUGUUGGGCAGUGGACCCGACCGACCCGGGCUGGAGGGGGCCAGGCCACCUGCAGCCCUGACCCGGACACAACGACCUUUGUGGGAGACAGAACUGAAGUUGCGUGCACCAUACAGAAUGAUCAAGCACCGUCCAUCACGACCACUUGCACUUUUGAUGUCGGUGUAUUUCCAGCUUUUGAAAAGGACACAUUGCUAGGAAACCCAUUUCGGUCUCCAGACCCUGGGGCCAACUAUGCAACCUACGCCUAUCUCGAUCCCCUGGCUAAGGAUAGCAAUGGUGCAUCUCUGCCCGUGGUCUGCAGUCCUAUGUCGGGUGCCCAGUUUGGCGGGGGAACACAUGAAAUACAGUGCAUAGCCACUGAUGCUUCUGCCAAUCAAGAUUCCACUUACACAUUCAACUUGACCGUCGCACCCGUCUUCAAGACCCUUUGUCCGAAUGACAUAAUCCAGGCAACCAAUCCAGUCAGCUUUCCGGUGCCAAUAGGAGGCGAUGAUCCUAGAGGAAAGCCAUUUCCUGUCACCUGCACAAAGAAUGACCGGGACGUUUUCAAUCCAGGCACAACUGUUGUCAUCUGCACAGUCACAGAUCCUGUGACCAAGCUGGUGGCCACCUGCUCCUUCACGGUCACAAUCGUUGUUGCACCUACGUUUGAUGCUUCUCCUGCUUGCGAUGAAGACUACAACACCGAACCAGCCCCGGGAGAGAACAGGGCUAUCGCAGUGACCUGGCCAGAGCGCGCAGCUACACAGGCCGAUGGGAACCCGGCAAAUGUGACCUGCGAGCCAGUUCCUGGCUCGGACUUUGAGGCCGGAGACACCAACGUGACGUGCACGGCAGCAGACACCCGCUUACCACCCUCAAUUACCCCUACCACAGACUGUGUCUUCAGAGUUCGUGUGUACCCAACAUUUGUUGAGGGAUGUCCGAACAACAUAAUUCAAAUUCCGGAUGACUCUGGACCAUCUACCAUUGUUAACUUUGAAAUACCGGAGGCCGCCAUCGACUCUGGUGGCAAACAGGCAGCCAAUGUGACCUGUGACCCCACUAGUGGUUCUGCCUUCCGAAAUGACAAUGAGACGGUUGUCACCUGCACAGCGAUAGAUUCAGUGACAUUAGGUGAAGCUACCUGUUCCUUCACCAUCAGGUUCUUGGCAGCACCCACAUUCAAUGCCACUCCACCCUGCGACGAGAAUGUCAAUGUGCCCCCAGCUGCUGGAGAAAACAUGGCUGUGGCAGUGACAUGGCCGAAGCGUGCAGCCACCCAGGAGGAUGGCAACCCGGCAAUGGUGACCUGUGAGCCGUCUCGUGGCUCCAACUUCCCAGGAGGCAAUAAUACAGUCACUUGCAUGGCAGUAGAUGAGCGCGCACCGGACACCCUGCAAACCACCUGUGACUUCCAAGUUCGCGUCUAUCCCACCUUCGUCACCGGAUGCCCAGCCGAUAUCGUUGAAGCCCCAGAGUCAGGAGGGACAACGCUGGUGGAAUUCCAGAUCCCAGAGGGUGCCCCAGACUCCACCGGUGCAGCUGCAAAUGUUACCUGUGAGCCACCCUCUGGAUCCUCCUUUGCAAACAAUGUCGCGACCGAAGUCACUUGCACUGCCAUCGACUCGGACAAUGCAACUUUUCCUAGCCCGGCCACCUGCACUUUCAAAGUCAUCGUUGGCAUAGCCCCAACUUUUGCCAAAGGCUGUCCGGCAGACAUCGUUGUUGCGCCAGAUGAGAAUGGACAAGCCACAGUGACCUGGGAUGAGAUCACAGGCAAUGAGGAUUCCACCGGCCAGCCGGCUGAGGUUAAUUGUGACCACAAGAGUGGAAACACUUUCAACCAAACUGAAACUUUGGUGACUUGUAUAGCCACUGAUGCUGGAACCACACUGACCGCAAAUUGUACAUUUAGGGUUAUACUUGAUUCUGAGCCACCCAUUCUGGAUUGCCCAAACAAUUUCAACAUUACUGCCAACCCUGGCACGAAUACGGCGAACGUCACAUGGGAUACCCCUGUAGUCACCGACAACUACACACCACAACCGGACAUACGAGUUGCAUGCAUACCGGAAACUGCCACAUUCUUUCCCUAUGGUGUGACACGAGUGGUCUGCUAUGCUGCCGACUCUCUUAACAAUGUUGGAACAUGCUCUUUUGAAGUGGAAAUAACAGGUGCAAACUGUGUUGAGACAUGCCCAGGCAAUUCAGUCUGCAUGCUACAAGAGGAUGGCGAGUCUGUGUGCGUUUGCAACCAAGGAUACACUGGGCCAGAAUGCACAAAUGUGGAUGAAUGUGCCUCCAGCCCGUGUCAUUCAAAUGCCAUCUGCAGCGACCUCGCCCCGCCUGAUUUCUACAGUUGCGAAUGCCAAGAGGGCUUCUAUGGGGAUGGGACCUACAGUUGCGAACGUUACUUCCCUCCUGAGUAUCCAGACAUACUGCUACCAGGCGGAGCUUAUGAUCUGAAGAAAUUGUUCUUGGUUGUCCUUGCAAUUGCCGAUCCAUCCACCAGUGACUGCAACCCUGAUGUCGAUACAAUGUCAUUUGAGUGCUCCACACUUGUGAGAACCUUCAAGGAGCUUGUGUUACCUCUGUAUAAGAAGGUAUCAAAGGGUGGCUUUUUGGAUAUCAAGAUAAACCAAACAGAUUUAAGGAAAGGCAGUGUUCUCAUUCCACACACUGUGUCCUACAACUACUCGGAUGCAGCCAUCCGAGAAAUGCAGCCAGCCGUGUUUUACGCGAGGUCGGUGCAGCCAGAUGUGGAAGCCGGCAGAGUAGGCAGCUUGCAACUGGAUAAAAGCUGCAAGGAAUGCACGAGUCCAAAAGAUAUUACCAGUGUCUGUGUUGGUGUGGACGAGGAGACUAUAGUGUGUCCAGACAAAAGUGUCCUGACGAAGGAAUCUGAUGCCAGUAGUGGGCUGUGCAUUUAUAAAUGCGUGUCCAUCUGUGAGGAAGAUUCCAGUUACUGCAAUGGAGGUGUGUGCUCACAGAAGAAUAACGAGGAUGCAGAAUGCAGUGAGUGUCCAGAGGGUACAACAGGGCCCAGAUGUACCCCUGUAGGGCCAACUGAAGUACCUCCAGAUGAGCCUAACAUACCACUCAUUGUUGGGCUAUCUGUAGGUAUUGGCGGGAUACUCUUGCUGAUAGUAAUUCUGAAUAUGCUGUACUGUGCCCUCCGCGGUCGGUGCUCCAAGAAGAAUCUUCAGGCUGGUGAGGAGAACGGGAUUGAGGCCAAGGGCGUCGAUAAUUUCCAGAGCAUUUCAAUGGACGAGCGCUAGGGAUCAAGCCAUAUUUUCAUAUUUAAAGGCUGUAAUUUUGGAAUGAUUGUUUUUAAAAUGUUAUUCAUUUUUGCACUUUUUAAGAAAGACCAAAAGCCAGCAACACAUCUGCUUGGGUAAGUUAGGUGGUCAGUUACAAAUUCAGUCAUGUUGCGUUUUAGCCAGGAAAGAAUGACAUGCCAUGCUCAUCAUGAUAGAUUCUUGACUUGAGUCGUAAAAGACAGCUGGUCAUAUUAAUUACAUACAUAUUCAUAUAUACCUGGGACAAUUUUUCUACUUGUAUUGGUCAAAACAUGUCACAUGACUGAGUAUUAACAUUUAACACGCGUGCCAAGUUCACUGAAGGGCAUUCCAUUGGACAACUUUCAAAAGGACUAUACCAAAAAAUGGACAGGAGGGGGUGUUCGGGAAAAUGAAAGGAACAAAGUUGUUCGAAAUCCAUCAUAUGAUGACUUCUAUUGACUCUCUGAAUAGAAAGGUGUAUAAAAGGUGGAUAAAUACAUGUAUGUGCUUGACUGGUCUUAAACUGAUGUUUAAGACCGUGCUCAGGAGAACGAACGCUGAUAAUUGCAGCUUGGGCAUUAGUCUCGUCCAUUCUCCUGAGCCGGUCUGGAAUGUACAUUUAAGACCAAAGCACAUACAUAUAUUUAUUCCCUUCUUUACACUGUGUACAUCGGAAAUACGUGGAUGGCAAUAAUUAAGCCAAAACCCAGCUCAUUUGCAUUAAGAAGUCAAAGAAUUUUGGAUCUCAAAAGCUUGCUAUGGUUGCAUGGUGGGGCCAGCCCACAAUGAAUGGGUGUACUUAUGAUUGAGAGCAGUCCAGCAGUCAGAAUAUUCAGGACUGUAUGGGCAAAAACUAUUCAUGUGGCAAAUCUACCUUGAAGUUUUAAAAAAAAAUCAGAUUGAAAUUCCAAAAGUGCUCCAAAAAAUAAGCAGAAAUGGUCAGUUUGGUAUCGAAGACCUUUCACCUUGUUUGUCUUUGUUACAAAUUUAAUGUGCAAGCUUGUUCCAUUCGUCCAUCACAUGACUCCUUCAUAGCUACAGAAAUGAAUAAAAAAUAGAUCGUGUACACUUUUUGCUUUCAUUUUAUUCAAACAUCUGUUGCCAUUACCGUAUGAUGGCCAUUUACAUACUAGAUUGCAAUGUUUUUAGACCGUAUUGACUACCUGACCUGCAAUUUUAUCACAGUUGUGAUAGUAGUGUAAAAACUGCAGUGUAAAAUUGACACCUUCACCAUCCACAUAGAGAAUAACAUUAGACUAGUAUUUUUCAUAUUUGGGCACUCAGGGUGUCAAAUUAACACCAUAGAUUUUUCGCAGAGUUGGGUUGUCAGGAGAUCCAACAAUUGUUAAAUUUAAUAUCACACUAUGCAUUAUCAAAGACACCGAUAACUUUGUAUUUACAGGUAGGUCUUACCCAUAAUGCACUGCUUGAGGAAUACAUUGACUUUGUUUAUAACACAAACAGCAUUAGCAUGCAUUUUGCCACCGUUGGAAAACUUAAUUUUUGUGCAGCCACAACUUGGGGUAGACCAUUGGCCGUGUAAAUUUGCAAGUUUUAUUACACAGUACAAAUUUAGUGUACAGAUCGGUGCACUGAAAUGUGUUUUUGAGAAUAAAAGCUGCAGUCCCAUUUCAGCAUUCAUUGUGAAUGUGAAAUAUUCAGGAUCUGUGUCACUGGCGACCCUGGAAACUUGCUCCAGUUUUUGUGCAUAUAUGCCAGCUGUUCCAUUCACAAGCUACUAUCUUGCCACAGCAAGCCACUAUUACACCGUGGCAAGAUAACAAUUUGAAGGGAAAAACAAAUGUUAUUGUUGCUCUACUAUGCUUGUGAAUUUCAGAAUUUUCUCUGCCAAGCAAAUACAUAUAUUGAACUAGUUACGAGGGGACAAAGUUGAAGUACAUUGGCAUUUAACAGUUUAAAUGCCCAAUAAUGCCGAUAAGUUAAUACUGCUGUUAAAUUCUUAAUGAAAAUUCCCUCCCCCCUUCAACAUGAUGGCGUAAACUUUCUGCAAAAUAUGGCUGCCCUUACAAAUAGCAAGUAAAAAGAAAAACAUCUUUAGCAGACAGAUGUCAUGCAGAAUUCUGGUUGUGCUCACAAGUGACUGUCACGCCUUCCCAGACUGUUGAACCUUCCCAAAUAAAAUAACGCCAUGAUUUGAAUGGAA